AUGCACAUCGAAAUUCCCACUGUUGGUCCCCGACUUGCCAGAGAGGCUUCGCCUGCCUUGAGCGCACACAGUGAAGCUCGAUCCCACUUGAGCUCGGCGGUGGAGGUGCUUCUCGAUUCCGCCGUCGGACGUGAAGAUGACAGAUCAGGUGCCAUGGGAUUGCUGAGUGGUGAACCAAGUGCAAGAACGACUCAUUCUCGUUUUCGAGAUGUGUUGGGCAUUGGCGUGGUUCUCAUCACUUUGAUCGUCGGGGUCUGGUUCCUUUUCUGGAUGCGUCGCGUACUUGUUCCGCUCACUUUCGCUUUGUUCCUUGCCUUCCUGUGCGAGCCUCUCCUAGCUUUCAUGGUCACCGCGCCAAGGUAUGCGGCCAGAAGGAUGCAGCUAUGCAAGGAACAUCGUUCCGGUGACAGGAAGCCUCACGACCGCAAUGGGGUGCCAGUGGGACGAGCAGAGGAAGAUGUCAACUCUUCGGAUCUCGAUAGCAUUGGAAGCGCUGCCAGUAUGACCGUCAGCGACUGUGACGGGCAAGCGGCCAAGACCUGCUGCGCUUCGUGCAGCAAAUGGUUGCAGCAGAUAUGGGGCUUUUUUGCAGUCAUGAUCCUGGUUGUGACGCUCCUGGCUGUGACUUUCUUGAUCUUCUAUGGUGUUGUCAAAGUAUUUGCUGAUUUCGACUGGAGCCAAUUCUCGGAUUCUGCCAAGAUGCGUGAUAUGCAGUCGCUCCUUAAAAAGGCAGGUAUUGUUGACGGCAAAAUGAACGUAAACUUUCAGAAAGUGGCGGCCGAGUUUAGAAGUUAUCUGGUAGACACAGCCUCGACAUUCUUCCACUUCGUGGAAGGAUUCAUGCUGUGCGUCUUGAUGUUCAUCUUUUGCCUGAUCGGCAUGCUCCCAGAAAUCAAUUCAGUCCGACGCCCAUCUCCGGUCAAGGAUUUGGUGCAGAGGUACUUGAUCGUCAAGUGCGUGUGCAGCCUGUUCGUAGCAGUUCUGGUCAUGUGUGCCCUCUGGGCAAUGCAGGUUCCUCUUGUCGUCGUUUGGGGACUCGUCACUUUCGUGACCAACUUCAUUCCCAACCUAGGUCCUUUGUUUGCUACUCUGGCACCGAUCCCCUUUGUUUGGCUAAAGCCUGGCGGGACGCUGCUCGACACCUUCAUUGUGAUUGUCGUCCAGUUCAUGGUGCACAACAUUGCCGGCAACAUAAUUGAGCCACACAUCAUGUCGCAGGGUCUGGAGCUGCACCCGUUGACGAUUGUGGUCGCCCUUAUGUUUUGGAGCAGCGUGUGGGGAAUUGCAGGAGCUGUGCUCUCCGUUCCGAUCAGUUGCGUACUUCGUUUAUGGCUUGGAGAACUCGACGAUCGUCGUGCUCAGCGCUUGUACAGAUUGUUCGAUGAUCCACUGGGAUGA